AUGGCCGAAUUGAGCGAGUUCCAGAAGCGUCGGCUGGAGAAUAUCAAACGGAACAAUGAUCUGCUAAAAAAACUGAACUUAAAUGGCGUUUCUGGACGUUUAAAGAGCGAAGCUGGUGUUAAUGAUAAGCCGAAGGCUAAAAAGUCUAAUGGACACAAGAAAGUGAUUAAAAAGGAGCCAAAAGUGGCUAAGAUGCCGACGAGGAGAUCCAGAAGGUUAAUGGGCGAAACUUCGGACGGUAAAGAAGUCCCACAUGUUAGUGAUUACGAACUUUUGAAAAGGUCCGAUUUCAACAAAACAGCAGCUGCUGACAUGGAGGAAUUAAAAAGCACAGCAGUUGUGGGCGACGUGAAACUGAGCGAUCUGAUCAAAUCUGAGGAUGAAAGCGAGCUUUUGGCUCGGUUUCAAAGCUACAACAAUAAAAACUUCUCGUCGGGCGAUUUUUUUAAAGAGAUCCAAAAGCACAAGAAGGUUUCUGGGGAUGUAGCUGCGCUACAGAAGGAAUUUGACUUGCAAAUAUACGAAAUCUUUGAGCCCAAUGAGGUUAAAAUUGUUAGCGAUCGUAUAAGUGCCAUGUUCUUUCAUCCUGCAGUGGACCGGAAAUUAGUGGUUGCUGGCGACACAACUGGAAAUCUUGGACUCUGGAAUGUUCACUCAGAGGCUCCACAAGAUGAAGUUGAGGCUCCGGACAUUACAACAGUAAAACUGUUCAACAAAAAUGUUGCCAAGAUUGAUGUAUUCCCCCAAGAUUCGAGCAAAUUAAUGACGGCGUCUUACGACGGAGUUCUGCGCUCAAUUGAUUUGAGUAGCUUGCAAAGUGACGAGGUUCUCACGCUUCGGGACGCGUACGAAGACCCUAUGGGGAUAAGUGAGUUUCAAUUCAGCUACGAGGAUCCAAACCAGGUGUUCAUGACUACGUUGGGUGGAGAGUUUACGAGUUUCGACAUCAGAACAAAGCCCACGCCGACAAAUAUACGGAGGCUGGCUGACAAGAAAAUUGGAUCUUUUAGCAUCAACCCACGCAGACCCUACGAGAUCGCUACGGGCUCCUUGGAUAGAACGCUCAAGAUAUGGGAUGUGCGUAAAACUGUGAAAUCUGCAGAAUGGUUGCAGAACGAAGAUCACCCAAGUCUCGAUUUGGUGGCCAGCUACGAUUCAAGACUGAGUGUUUCUGCCGUUUCUUACGCUCCGAUGGACGGGUCGCUAGUGUGCAAUGGGUACGACGACACCAUUCGCAUUUUUGAUGCGAAGGAAGUUCCACCGGUGGAAUUGCAGCCAAAACUCACGCUCAAGCACAACUGUCAGAGCGGGAGAUGGACGAGUAUUUUGAAAGCGCGCUUUAAAGCCAACAUGGACGUCUUUGCAAUUGCCAACAUGAGCCGGGCCAUCGAUAUUUACCACAGUUCGGGUGAACAGUUGGCACAUCUCAAAACCGCGACAGUACCGGCAGUUGUGAGCUGGCAUCCGAUGCAGAACUGGAUCGUGGGAGGAAACUCCAGCGGCAAAGUAUUUCUGUUCCAGGAUUGA